ACUUUGUUACUCUAUGUCCCGCUUCUUCGUCGAAAAAGCGCUGCGGCCGUUGAAUUCAUUUAGCCGACCUAAACCUGUUUCCACCCCCUUCACUUUUAUACAUUUGAAUCUGUUCCUUCCGCUCAAGUCGGAGUUGUAGAGCUUGGGUGAGCGAUUACUUUACUUUGUUACACAUUCUUAUGUGCGCAACAUGCCGGAAUUUUUGGAAGAUCCAUCUGUCCUGACGAAGGAUAAGCUCAAAAACGAACUGGUUGCCAACAACGUGACUCUACCAGCCGGCGAGCAACGAAAGGAAGUUUACGUGAAGCUCUACCUCCAGCACCUAACCUCCAGAAACCGGGCCACUCCUGAAUUCUCCAGUGAUGAGGAGAGGGAGAGCACCCCUGCGCGGGGUAGAGGCCGCCCGGCAGGACGGAAAGCAGCAAAGAAAACAGACAAGCCAAAAGCAUUAGAGAAAGAAGAAGAUUUUGAUGUUACAGAUUUAAGUGAUGAGGCUCUUAAAGAGGAACUUAUUAAGCAUGGGAUGAAACCUGGCCCUAUUUUAGAUAAUACGAGAAAGAUUUAUCAGCAGAGACUUCUAAAACUGAAGGAGCAAGGUUCCAUUGUUUCUUCAAACCUUCUUACAGUAGGUUCUUCAGCAGACAGUGGCAAUCAAAAUGGAAACACAGAUUCUGAGCAUUAUAGUGACAAUGAAGAAGAUCCCAAGAUAGACCUGACAUUUGAGAAGAGAGAACCUCUGAGGGGAAGGCCGAAAUCUCAAGUAACACUCCGGAACAGAAGAACUGAACAAAAUGAGGCAGCUGAAGAGUCAGAUGUCAUGCCAGUGCUAAAUGUUAAACGAAGUAGCAGGUUUCCUCCUAAGGAGUUUACCCUUGAUGUUGAAGAAUUAUCCACCAGUCCUCUUAAUAUAUCUGAAGAGACUGUUACUGAAACAACUUGGACAACUGGAGCUUCAAAACUUGGACGUCUUCAGACCGUUUCCAAAGAUUCAACCACAGUUGCAAGGCGGACCCCAAGGAAAAGGGUUGUAGCUGCAGAGCCAUUGCCUUUUGAGGAUGCAGAUAUUUCUGAGACUACUCCAGUAACUGAAACUAUAGUGCCAUCAAGCAACCAAUCUCUAGCUUAUACAACAUAUGAGCAUAUUGAAUCCCGGCAGGUUGUCAAUCAGGUGCCUGAUAGUUUCAAGCAUGCAGAGUCAUUGUUGUCAGUCAAUGAAUUCACAGAUUUUUCAAGAAGGACCCCAAGGAAACAGCUGAUCAGUGAAAAAGUAAAUACUUCCAAUUUGUUACAGUACUUGGAAGCAGGGUCUCUUCAUAAAAGGGUUAUUGAUGUUGAUAUUAUUGGUUGUACAAAUUCCAUCGAUCUUCUGGACACAGCCUUAAUAGAGGAAACUAAGGACCUCUUUGAAGACUCUGUGAAGACCUCAAAAAAUACAAGGCAAUUGAAAAUAACAAAGUUUGUAACCCCCAUAAAGAAACAGAGAAUAGAAACAACUUAUGAGAAGAAAACAGAAAGGGAUGUUCUGAAGGACAUGUUUCCACAUGAAGUUUCUACUCCAACUGGAAUCAGUGCCAGUUGUCGCAGACCAAUUAAAGGAGCUGCUGGUCGACCACUUAAUCCCAAAGAUUUCAAAAUAGAGGAAAGCUAUUCAUCCAAAUACAUCCCUAAAUAUAUGCCAGUGGUUGAAACGAAAUCUGAAAAGGUGAAAUCUGGAAGAAGUUUACCCAUGUGGAUCAAGAUUCUGUUGUUUGUCUUUGUGGCUGCAUUUUGCUUUUUUGUUUAUCAAGCUAUGGAACAAAAUGAAGGGAAUCCUUUUUCCAGCUAUAUCACGGGUGCUCCUGAUACACCUAAAAACUGAUACAUAUUUUCCCUUCAAUGUAUAUAUCCAGCUUUUUUUUUUCCUCUUUCUAGAAUUUGGGAGGGAGGGUUUUCUGCCGCUUGUUAAAAGUCUGCAAAUAAUGUGAUCGCACUUCAUAUGGGUUGUCUGUACAUUAAUAAAUGAUACAUAUGGACAUAUGCAAAUCAUUCUUUACUCUGGACACUUGGGGUUCUUUGUGCCAUAUAGAGUAAUAUUUUUUUAGAUAUCUCUGGGACAUUUUGUAGCAUUUAUUGUAUUUAACAUGGACUUUUUAAGAUCUGAAAUUGUUUUGCGAAGCAAUGUGAAGCAUUUUCUAAGUGUUCUGGAAAAAAGUUGUAUUUAUGCUUACGGUAUUGUCCUCUCGGGGGGGGGUUUAUGUGGGUUUUGUUAUAUCAAGUUUUUAUUAGUGAAGGGGGAUAAUUUGCUUGAUAUAUACCUGCAUCUAUAAGGUCGACAUUUAUUUAGAGCAAAAAAAGUACAUUGUGUAAUUAUGAUCUCAUAUUUGUGUGGAUUUUAUUACAGCGAUUUAAGCAGAAGGAUUGAAGACUUGCCUGUAGCUUUUUAUUAUGUAAUGCAAUGUGAUAUUUAAUUGACUUUACAAGUCUAAGUUAUAGAAAGUAAUUUAGACACUGUGUGCAAAUAAUAAUAAAAGAGCAUCUACACAUUUA